AUGGCGCCAUCCCCGCAUGGACCGGUGACGCUAUCCCACCCCACGACCUGGAAUUUCGAUAUCGAUCGGUAUUUGAAUCCGUUUGUGCCAGCACCGAGAUGGCAACUCGUACCAAGACCUGUUGCCCAUAUGCUGGGAUAUCGGGAUAGACCACCCAAGCCAAUAGGCAACAUCGUGGUCGCCUUGUGGUCGUUGCUUGGAGCAUUUUGCGGGGUGGCUUUGGUGGCAUCUGUUUCGAAACGAGUGCCUUCUUUUGAAGCGCGUGAUGCGACAGUAAUUGUUGGCAGUUUUGGUGCAGCGGCAGUUAUUGAAUUCGGCGCGAUCGACUCGCCCUUCGCGCAACCACGCAAUGCUAUCCUGAGCCAGGUCAUCGCCUGUUUCUUCGGUGUCGGGAUAUCGAAGUUGUUCGCCUUGGACCCUUGUGCUGAAGCGUAUACUGAGCUUGGGGGCGCUCUUGCUUGCGCUCUUACCACGGCUGUCAUGAUUCUCACCAAUACUACACACCCGCCGGCGGGUGCGACUGCUCUACUGGCAGUGACACACUCUCAGACUGUUGCUUUGGGCUGGUUUCUGUUCCCGGUCAUGUUGCUUGGAGUGACGCUUAUGCAGGCUGCGGCUGUGGUCAUCAACAAUAUCCAGCGUCGGUAUCCGCUAUACUGGUGGACGUCACAUCCUCUGUCGCGGUCUCGGGGGGAUGUUGAAAAGGCUCGUCAAAAGGAAAUACGUAGUGUUUCUAGUCAUUAUGAGGAUAGUCUGACUGAUGUUCCUCGGCGGUUGAUAGUAGAACGCGGUGAUAUUUCGGUGCCUGAUGGGAUAUUGCUUUCUGCCGAGGAACAUGAAGUGUUGGAGAGGAUCAGUGAAAGACUUUGA